GGGCAGUUUCAUGAAUGGUACCAGGGCAUUAUUUUAAGGGCGGUUUCGUUACACAAAAGAUCAAAGGAAAAAACGGUCCAAAAAGAUCAAAUUGAAAUUAACCAACGAGCCGAUGUCCUACUCAAGGUUAUUACUGCUAUUAAAAAUUUAGAAGAGCAAUUAGAAUUAGAAAAUAUUGGUCAAUUAGCAAGUGACAUCUAUAAAUUAAAAUGGUCGCUUGAAAAUUUUUGCUCCUCGAGAAGAUGCCAUAUUAAUUAUACUGCUUUAACGAAGCUUUUGAACGAAUAUGGCUGCUACUAUUCUGAAAAAAAACUCAGUAAUCAAUUGGUUAGAGGAAUUUUGCAACGUCAUGUUAUUGAAAUGGUUAUUAAACAUGCAAAUAAAUAUCUCCAAAUCAACUACGAAAAUGAAAAAUCUCUGGAAAUAAUCUUAGAUGAUAAAGAAUAUUCUCUAGAAACAAUUAUGACUUUAACUACAAUAAAGUUAUUAAAGUGUAUGGAAUCAUUUUCACAACAACGCGCCGGAACAGAUGAAGUUACUCAAACUGCACCUACUAAAUUACGCCAACUGGUUUAUGUCAUCCUUGGCAAUCGGGGAUUUUCAGAAACUUUAAAUGAAGGCGAACAUCCAUUUAUCAUAAAAUUACGAAAUCUCGUCAUAGAAAGCCUUAAUCAAUAUCGUACAAUAAAAGAUCCACAGAAAAGAGAUGAAAUUGAACAUAUGGCUACUGAAUUAAUUCGUCAUAUUAUUUCAAUUUUUUGUUUCCGCAAAAAUGUUAGAGAGCCAAUUGUUGAGUAUAAAUGGUAUAAAUAUUCCGAUGAAUUUGAUGCAUUAUGUAUGGAAGCGUCAUUAGAUGAAGAUGAAAUUGAUAAAAUAAUGGUUGAUGUUUGCACUUUUCCUUUAAUUGGAACUAAUCUUGAGCAUGAAGAAAAAUGCAAAGUAAUCUCCCAGGCGUCGGUUCUAACAACAGAUAAAAUAAAAUUUUGA